AAAAAUGACCAAGCCAGUUUACUCAAAAACUCCAUCAAACCCAGAAAAAUCUGUUAAAACCAGAGGUAGCAAUUUAAGAAUUCACUUCAAAAACACCCGUGAAGCUGCCAUGGUUCUUAAAGGUAUGUUAUUAACCAGAGCUAAAUCAUACUUAGCCAACGUUUUAGCCCACAGAGAAUGUGUUCCAUUCCGUAGAUUCCACGGUGGUGUCGGUCGUACUGCUCAAGCUAAAGUUUUCGGUACCACUCAAGGUAGAUGGCCAAAGAAAUCUGUUGAACACCUCCAAUCAUUACUCCAAAACGCUGAAGCCAACGCUGAAGCUAAAGGUUUAAAUGUUGAAAAACUCAGAAUCGCCCACGUUCAAGUUCAACGUGCUCAACAACAACGUAGAAGAACCUACAGAGCUCACGGUAGAAUCAACCCAUACAUGUGCUCACCAUCAACUGUCGAAUUCAUCCUCACUGAAGUUGAAAAAGCCGUCCCAAAACCAGCUGAAGAAAAAGCUGUUGCCACCGCUUAAAUAAAAUUUAAUAUAAUAUUAUAAAAA